AUGUAUAGUUAUCGUCGUUAUCAACAUCUAAAGUUUACCCUCUUGCUUCAGCCAUCGACUGAACCGAGAAGACAGGGGGGAACGCGACUUCGACUUCAACUGAGGUGGGUGGGAGGGCACGACCAUGACGACGAGGAACGACAACGACAACAACGACGAGGCCGGCGGUGGGUGGGAGGCGCCCCGACGACAAGGGGCUCGGCCUUUGGUAGGGGACGAUGGGAGGACUUGCAAGGGAACAGGGCCCGGGGAUUCGAAAUCAACUUGUGGGCACUGGGGGAUCUUCUUGUGGAAACUGGGGGGUUGCAACCCCCUAAUGAUCAUCACAGCCUUGUUGUCGGCGAUGGUCUCGCCGAUGGUAACAUUAAAUCUCGAGAGGUUUACUAA